CACCAGCUGUGAGCUCCCUCUAAGUACGACGACGUACCGUAUUUCAGCCAACGCAAACCGACCCUCUGCCUAUCACAUCGCGCCGACCAGUCGCGCCCAUUGUGCACCAUGACGUGGAUAUCCAAAGCCAUUACCCUGUUUGGCGCCGUUCUCCUUGGCCAUGCCUGCUACUCGGCCCAGGAGCAUUCGGCUCUGCAAUCGUUCAAGGCUGCCACCGCGACCCUAACCUCGUCGUCGCUGGCUGUCGCAUCCCUUCCCGUGGAUAUUGCAAUCGAGACUGUCAUCGCCAUUACCGUCAUUCUCUUCGGGCUGGUUCUCGGGACCCGGCCUUUGCGACCAAUCCAGUGGCGUGUUUGGGCGGGCAAGAUCGAGCGGGAGGGAGAAGAAGGCUUCAUGGACAACGACGGAGAGGUGAACAAGGACUUUGUAGGCAACCCUUUUAAGUUCCUAGAGACAAGGCCUGGCUUUGUGGACAUCCGAAAGCAGCGCAAGGAGUUUGCCAGCUGGGUCAAGACCAGCAGCACGCAAUAACAGCUGCGGUAGCUCUGUCUGAUUAUAUUAUUCCCUAAAACUGGCGGCCACGGGACUUGGCCGUAAUAAAACUUAAGAAAACCAGUAUUGCUGUGCCAGAA